UGUGGAUGCCUGUGCUGGACUGGUGACUGCUUGUCCUUCCGCUUGUCCCUGUUCAGCACCAGGUUGAGCCCUGAGCCCUGAGAAUUUGCUUCCAGGUUCAACGGCAGCAUCCAGUUUCUUGAGGUCGUUGCACUGAGGGCGUGUUUCCUUGCUGACUCCUUUAUCUCCUGGAGGCCCCAGUCCUUGCACGUGACCCCUGUGGCUCAUAGUCAGCGAUAACGCGUGUCAUUUCUUAGAGUUCAGGAAACCCGGGCGCAUAACCUUAAUUCCCUCUGCAGAGUCUGUUUUACUGUGUAAUGUAGCAGAUCCACAGAUUCCAGGCAUUCAGAUGUGGACAUGGGUGGGACGGGCAUUCUGGCUACCACAGAUUGGGUCUAUGUGUCCUCCUGGCCAAGAUCCCACAUGUACUGGGGUGAGAAAAAAAAGAUCUAAAGUGACCACAGUUUGUUACACUUUAUAAUGAAAAGACAAAAUGUAGCUUAGAAUAAUAUGGAAGGGUGCAUUAGAAACUGGGAAGGGGGCUGAGUGGCUGGCUGGGAGAUACUUCAUAAGUCCUUUUCUACCUUUUGAAUUUUGACCAUAUGGUUGUCCCCAUUUGGUGGCAGUGAUAAUGAUUUCAAGAAUCUUAAAAUUAAAUGAACUGCUUGAAUAUUGCAAAUGACCGAGUCUCCCCUUGGGAGCGGGAGCGUGAUACCCGACCCCCCCCCCCCACACACACACACACACACCAUGGAAGCGACAUCUGCUCUGUUCUGCUGCCACGUGGACAGGUGUCUUAAGUCAGUGCUCUCCCUGCUUUGAAUUUCGUCUAUGCCGUCCUCCUUACCACCUUUACCAAGAUAAUCUUCCUGGCACGGUUCGUUAGUCCUGUCUCUUUCGUAAUAUAGAAAUGUGGCUGGUACCUCACCAUAGACAGCCAAGGCUUCUUAUGGGCUGCCUCCCCAGUAAUCCUGUCUCUGAGCUCCAUCCACACUUCUGUCCCAUCUCACACAUGCCUUCUUCCACCUUUCUAAGCAGGUCUGGCCUAAAACCCUUCUCUGCACCUGGUUUAAAUGCUCCCCAGCCCCAGGGCUCCGCCCCUCCCCUGCUGCCUCUCCCCAGAAAACUUGCCCAUCUCACUGAUGCAUUUGCUAUGAUCUGUCUCCCCACUGAGUCCCUGAGUCACUCUCACUGCUGUAUCUACACAACAUCCCCAGAACAAACCCUGAUUGGCAUAUGGUGGUUGUUGGGGAAACACUGAAAAGAUGUUUCCAAGAUGAAAAAUCCAACUUGGCCAGGCAGCUCAGUUAGAGCAUCGUUCUGAUACAAAAGGCUUAUGUAAAAGCACAUAUAAGAAUCAAAAUUGAAUGCAUAAAUAAGUGGAACAACAAAUGAGUGCACCCCCCCACUCCCUUUCUUCCUCCCUCUCUCAAAUCAGUAAAAAAAAAAUUUUAAAUCCAGUCCAUAGGUUGGCAGGCAAUGGUAGAGGGGUCAAUGUACCUAUUGAUGGUACAGUGUGAAAAAGGAGCUAAGUAAGGGGUGUUGCCCAACUCCUGGGUGAGCUACUGGACGUAGUACUGGAUUUGCACAAAGAUGGAGCAGUAGGAUGGGUGGGGGAAUCAGUAUCACUGUACUGCAGUGACACUGAGCUGGGAACCACCCCCCGCCCCCAUCAGCAGCCAGGUACGGGGACCAAGUUCCCCACUGGUGCCCUCCUUCUGGAGGGACUUUGUGUCACCCUGCGCUUCCCAUUAGUUGUCUGUAUUAUAAUUAGGGGCAGAGUGCGUCAUGAACUUGAGGGACCAAGGCUAGAGGCCAGAAAGGAAGUUGGCCUGGACUGGCUGCCCUGGUGUCCUGAGUGUGACACUUUGUCGUGUGUCUAUCCAGGAAGUUGGAGUAGCACAGAAGUGAACCCUGGAGCACCAAUGCGAAGAGGGAGAUGAAGAACCUUGGAGGGAGCCACUGGUGCAGAGAGGAUAGCCCAGGAGGGAGGAGAGGAGGCUAUCUGCUGUGGAUGCUGCCAGGAGGGCACAGCUCUGACAGAACUGACCACUAGGAUGCCACCACGAUGACCAUGCACCUGUAUGCAGCACAGGCUGCCCCUGGCUACCCAAAAUCUGGGGCUGCUGGUCCUUCUGGCCCAGGCAUGCCCAGCCUCAGAACUCGCCCCGAAGAGGCAGAAAUGGAGCACUCAGUUCCUGGACCGUCCCCUUGGACCCCUUCAGCCCAGGCCUGUGUGAGUGAUGCUACCACCGCGACCCACACUGCAUCUGCAUUCUGUGAUCCACUCUACUGCAGUGACACUGAGCUGGGAACCACCCCUCACCAUCAGCAGCCAGAUUGGGACACCAGGAUUGAGGGCAAGGAGUUUCUUCAGAAGGAAGAUGUUUCUGAGGAUUUAGAAUCGAAGGCAUAAAUAUUAGAAAACUGUACCAGUGAUGUUUCCCUGGCACCUGAGCUUGGAGAACUCUGUGAGGAUGUAUUAGAAAGAGACUGGGGAGUCCCUGAUGACACGAGCCAGGUGCAGUCCCUCUUCGGAGAGGAGGACCUCGCACCAGUGGCAGUGCUCCUUACCAGCCCCUUAGGGGAGAGAGAGAUGCACUGUGAUGAUUUUGAGAGAGACUUUAGUCGGAGCCAACACCCAGCGGCAUAUCAAGGAAUCUCUGUGCAAGAGAGGCCACAUCUGUAUACGUGUGGCCAACACAGCAUGGACCUCACUAGCCACGAGGGUCCCCACACAGCUGAAAGCACCUUCAUAUGUAAUGAGUGUGGGAAAACCUUCAGAGGAAACACUGAUCUAAUUCAGCAUCAGAUCAUCCACACUGGACAGAAGUCCUUUGUAGGUAAUGAAUGCGGAAAAGCCCUCAGCCAGAAUUUAGUUCUUAAAAAUCAUGGAAGGUCUCCUGUGAGUGAGCCCUACCAGUGCAGCGAAUGUGGAAAAGCCUUCCAUGUGCACUCAAACCUCAUUAGGCAUCAGGUCAGCCAUGGUGGAGAGAAGCCUUACGUUUGCAAUGACUGUGGAAAAGCCUUCAGCCAGAAUUCCAGCCUUAAGAAGCACCAGAAGUCUCACAUGAGCAAGAAGCCCUAUGAAUGCAGUGAGUGUGGGAAGGCUUUUAGGCGGAGCUCAAACCUUAUCCAACAUCAGAGAAUUCAUUCUGGGGAGAGGCCUUAUGUGUGCAACGAUUGCGGGAAGGCCUUUAGACGGAGCUCCAACCUCAUCAAACACCACAGGAUUCACACAGGCGAGAAGCCUUUUGAGUGUAACGAGUGUGGGAAGGCAUUCAGCCAGAGCUCACAUCUGAGGAAGCACCAGAGGGUGCACACUGGAGAGAGACCUUAUGAGUGUAAUGAGUGCGGCAAGCCAUUCAGCCGGGUCUCCAAUCUCAUUAAGCAUCACCGGGUUCACACAGGAGAGAAACCCUAUAAAUGCAGUGACUGCGGGAAGGCAUUCAGUCAGAGUUCAAGCCUCAUUCAACAUCGGAGAAUUCACACUGGAGAGAAGCCUCAUGUGUGUAAUGUGUGUGGAAAGGCCUUUAGUUACAGCUCAGUGCUCAGAAAGCACCAGAUAAUCCACACGGGAGAAAAGCCCUAUGAGUGUGGCGUCUGCGGGAAGGCCUUCAGCCACAGCUCCGCCCUCAUUCAGCACCAGGGUGUGCACACGGGUGACAAGCCCUACGAGUGUCAGGAAUGUGGGAAGACCUUUGGCCGCAGCUCUAACCUUAUUCUUCACCAACGAGUUCACACUGGAGAGAAACCCUAUGAAUGUACCGAAUGUGGAAAAACCUUCAGCCAGAGCUCAACUCUCAUUCAGCAUCAGAGAAUCCAUAAUGGAUUGAAACCCCAUGAGUGCAACCAGUGUGGUAAAGCCUUCAACCGAAGCUCAAACCUCAUUCACCACCAGAAAGUUCACACGGGAGAGAAGCCAUACACAUGCAUUGAAUGUGGUAAGGGCUUCAGCCAGAGCUCACAUCUCAUUCAACAUCAGAUCAUCCACACUGGGGAGAGACCCUACAAGUGCACUGAGUGUGGGAAAUCCUUCAGUCAGCGCUCAGUCCUUAUCCAGCACCAGAGGAUUCACACUGGAGUGAAGCCCUACGACUGCACUGCCUGUGGGAAGGCCUUCAGCCAGCGCUCAAAGCUGCUCAAGCACCAGCUGACUCACACCAGGGAGUGAAGCCGGCCCCCGAUGUGCAGUGAGGCUCACUCCCUGGCCUCCACCCACAAUCUGUUCACAAAGCUGUGACCUUCCAGGGGGGUGUUUUUCACACCCUUUCUCCCUCGUCCCUCCUGCCAUUGCAGCCACCUAAGGUGACCUUUUGGUUCUUUUUCGUUUUGUCUUUACAUGUUAUGAGCCAUGUUUGUUUGGAGGGAAAAGAUGAUAGAGGCUGCAAAUUUAUGAAGAAUUUAUUACUGUAAUCAAAUAUAACAAAAAAAGUAAAUAGGCAUUUCCUUCAA